AUGCCACGCGGAUCCACUGCCAGAAGAGAACGACGACGACGAGGACCACACGGCGUCACAGCCAGGGAUCGCCCCAAAUCAGCCAUUUCCACUGCCAGCUCCGACAGCGCAGACAGCGCAGCCACCGGCACCGUGGCAAACGCAGCGAUACUGAGACGCCAAUCCACCGACUCCGCCACCUGGUUGGAGGCACUUCCUCCAAUUCCUGGACCGGCUCCAGCCACCAUUACCGGGUAUGUGAGGACCACAUACCAUGCCGACACCACCAUCACGGCCACUCCGGCCACAAGCCCCAUCCCCGACCCCGACCUGCCCUGCCCCAACAGCUGGGCGGCCAUUCCCAAUCUCACCAGCCAGGAGCAGUUCCAGAUCGGCGACUGGGUGGAGGCGCUAUGCCACGCGGAUCCACUGCCAGAAGAGGACGACGACGACGAGGACCACACGGCGUCACAGCCAGGGAUCGCCCCAAAUCAGCCAUUGCCACUGCCAGCUCCGACAGCGCCGCCGACGGCGAAGCCAGCGCCGACAGCGCAGCGACCGGCACCGUGGCAAACGCAGCGAUACUGA